AUGGGGGUCGGGCAGCAGAGGCUGAAGAUGACUCAGGAUGUGUCAGGUGGCCCUGGCUUGGAUCAGCAAGAGUGUGGCCAGCAGGAGCAGGGCAGGGUUUGUGCCCUUGGACUGGGCACUGCUGAGACAACACCUACAAUCCUGGGGUCAGGGCAUUGGUACCACCUCCUCUGCAGGAGCUGGUGGCAUGGGCACAUUUCCUGCCUCAGCACCAGUGACCACAGCGACGGUGAUGAUGCAGCUGGGACCCAGCUGAAGCUGCCUGCUGUCCCCAGCCAGGGAAGAGCAACGAAGAGCUUUGGAGCGUUCAGCCUGCAGCUCACGGGGGGAGGCUGCCGCUGCACUGGGAUGCUGGAGGUGCAGCAGGAGACCAGGUGGAGCCGCCUGUGCUGGAGCAGCUUGAUGGAAGUCAGAGGGGAUUACACCUGCCAGCAGCUGGGCUGUGGCUCCUCCAUCUCCAAGCCCCUCCAGACCAUCAUCACGGGUGGGAAGGAGCCCCAGAUGAGGCUAGAGAAGUGCAGGGGGUCUGUGUUGGACCUGUCACGCUGCCAGCUGGUGCCAGCAAACUGCACACAACAGGUUCUCCUCAGCUGCAGAGAGCCGGUGAAACCCACCCCUGAACUCACACCAGUGCCACUGACCACCACUUUGGAGCCCACUGGACCCUCCAGGCUGCGGCUGGUGGAUGGAGAUUUUCACUGCUCAGGCUUCGUGGAGCUGCACAAGGAGGGGCUGUGGGGAGCUGUGGCCAGUAGCCCAGCUCCGGGACCAGAACUGGCCACCCACAUCUGCCAGCAUCUUGGCUGUGGCAUCGCUGUCAGCAGGGAAGAGCACACCACCGGCACCGCGGGUGGGCACACCGCGCCGGAGCGGGGAAGCCACUUGCCUGUGCGGUGGGAGGUGCUGGAGCCCUGCAGGAGCCAUUCUCUCCUCAGCUGCUUCAACAGGACCACCAGCGGGCGGAGGACAGCUCCUGCCUUCAUCAUCUGUCAAGGCUCCCAGCCCCAGGCCCUGAGGAGGCUGGCGGCCGGUGCCACGCCGUGCGAAGGGGACAUCGAGGUCUUUCACCAGGGGAGGUGGCAGGGGCUGUGUGACAACAGGGAGCAGCGAACCCAGCGGGGCCAGCAGCUGUGCCAGGAGCUGCGCUGUGGGAACCUCUCCUCCAGCACCAAAAGCCAGGAGCCACCUUCCACGGGUGUCACCUGCAAGGCUCCCACCCUGCACCUCUGCCGGGACAGCCUCAAGCUGUCAGGGAUGUGCUCCCGGACCAGAGUUGUGUGCCAGGACUCAAACCCUCAUCCUGAUGGCACAUCUGCAGGCACCAUUGUGAGCAUCUGCCUGGCCCUGCUUCUCUUGGGCAUCCUCCUGCUUAUCUGUGGUCCUCCAGCCUACAAGAGGCUGAUGAAAAGAAUCUCCAAGAAGAAGCAGCGCCAGUGGAUCGGCCCUACAGGACUCAACCAGGCGGUCUCCUUCCACCGCAACAGCACCGUCACCAUCAGGCCACGAGCGGAGGGGCAGCGGCUGCAGGGGGGGGACAACGACUAUGCUCACCCCCCCAGGAAGAGCUCCUGCCUCUCAGCUUAUCCAGCCCUGGAAGCUGCGUGCAGAGCUUCCAACCCUCCGGACAACUCAUCUGACAGCGACUACGACCUGAACUCUGCCCGGAGAGUGUGACCUUCACCUCCGAGCUGCCCUCCCCGCGGAGCCAUCCCCAGCCCACCCACCCGGCGCUGCCCCAGGGCGCUGCCACAGGUGACAGCCAAGCGCUGCAGCCCCAGGGCGGUGCCACAGGUGACAGCCAAGCCCUGCAGCCCCAGGGCAG